AUGGUGCUAGGCAUUCUUGUCGUCGUCAUUGCUGCACCGGGCCUCCUAGGCUCACAAGAAGCAAUCCGCCAAUCGCAGUCCAAAGAAAAGCGCGGGGUGCACCUCGCCCGCCGCUGCAAUCUCAUCGCCACAUGCGUAAAAGUAAAACGAUCGUUGACAUUGCGGACAAAUUGCUGUGGAUCGACACGGGAACCAGCGACGGCACGCCUUACGGCCACGCCUUACGGCCACGCCUUCGCAGGCUACUAUCUGCCCUACCCGGAUACCUCGUACGAAGGCCUCGUAACCACCGUCACGGACGAAGCGCCUAUCUUCAACUGGGUCUACAUCGACAAAGAUACGUAUGAAGUCAAGUACGGCGUGCGACUAGAUGCGCAACCAAAUCUAACAGGCCCUUUUGACUGCACGCGCCAGGAUAGGCGACUAGCUUUUGAGGGGCGGGAAGGAGAUGAUGAUGGGUUGAGGGGGAAGGUUGCGAAGGGGGUAAGGGUUUUGGAUGUAGAGUUGACGAGGAGAGAGAAGAGGUGGAGGAAAGAUGAAAGAGGGCCCGGCGAGGCAGGAAGAUCAGACGACGAAGAGGGAGGUCGAGAUCGAUAA